AUGCCCUCGGAGCGCAGGGACGUCCUGGUGCUACUCCCCACGCGGGAACGGCUGCGGCUGGCUGUGGGGGUGCAGGCUGCCGGGCACGAGCUCUUCCAGCAGGUGUGCGACCUGGCCGGCAUCAGAGAAGCCCACUUCUUUGGCCUCAGUGUGAUAAGAAACAGCGAGCACGUCUUCAUGGAUCUGGGGCAGAAGCUCAGCAAAUACUUCUCAAAGGACUGGAAGAGAGAAAGGCAUAGAGGAAGCGGCAGGCCCGGGGCCCCCUUCGUGGCCUUCCUCAGGGUGCAGUACUACGUGGAAAACGGAAGGCUUAUCAGGGACAGGACGGCCAGGCACCUGUACUACUGCCACCUGAAGGAGCGGGUGCUGCGGUCCCAGUGCGCCCACCGGGAGGAGGCCUACUUUCUGCUGGCUGCCUACGGGCUGCAGGCCGACCUGGGCAAUUUCCGCGAGCCAGCACACUCGGGCCGCUACUUUGAGCCGCAGGCCUACUUCCCACAGUGGAUCAUCACCAAGAGGGGCAGUGCCUACAUCCUCAGGCACGCGCCCACCCUGCACCGUGAGCAGGGGGGCCUGAGCCCCAAGGAGGCCGUGCUGCGCUUCAUCCGGGAGGCCUGCCGGCUGGAGGACGUGCCCGUCCAUUUCUUCAGGCUGUACAAGGAUAAGAAGGAGGACCGACCUACCGUUGUCCUGGGACUGACCCUCAGAGGGGUGCAGGUCUAUCAGGGCAAGAGGUUUGAGCUCUGGCCGGACGGGCUGCCCGCGGCCCGGAAGCUGGUGUACCGCACGGGCUGUUCCUGGCGCUCCCGCCACCUGCUGCACCUGCUCAGUAGCAGCCACCAGCUGCACCUGACCCUGCAGCCCGCGCUGCAGCGGCUGCGGCAGCUGGAGGAGGCCCAAGAGAAGAAGUGCUACCGGGAGUCCUGCGUCAGCGACGUGCUAGAGCUGGACCUGGACCUGGACCUGGCCAGCAGGGCGUCCCCCGGCUCCCCUGGCAGCGGGGACAAUAGGGACGGAGGCUGGCGUCCCCCGCACCGCCUCUCGCUCCUCUCGUCUGGCAGCCACUGCAGCUCCCGCUCGUCGGGCAUCGAGGCCGACUCCCAGCUGGCGGAGCCCGUGGAGCCCGGGGAGAUGUCGGUGGAUGAGCCCGUCGUCGGGGCUGCCGCGCUCCACGGGGAGGAGCCGCCCAGCAGCUCCAGGACCAGCCAGAGCAGCCGUGGCACAGUUGGUGGUGGCAGCGGUGGGCCUGAGGGCGACACCCGGGACCAGGGGGAAGCCUCUCCCCAGCAGCCCUUGGCCGCGGUGCGGGUAACGCUGGUGAGCACGAGGGGCCCGAGCGCUGAGGCCCUGCACCAGGCGGUGGGCGGUGUGAACAAGGCCCGCACAGGUCGGGCCCCAGGAGUGCGGGGCUCUGGGGGGCUGCGCCCCGGCCCCCAGGAGCAGGAGGGGGGCCAAAGCCAGUGGCCCUGGGAGGUGGAGCAGAGGAAGCGGGGGCUGGAGGCGCCGGGCCUUGCUUAG